AUGUUCGGACGGGCUGGGAAGUUUCAGCAACAGCAGACACAGCAGUCAUCAAGUCCAUUGGGCGGCCCUCCAGGCAGUGAAUUCCUCAACUCCGUGGAGGCUGUUAUCCAGACUGUGGAUUAUCAAGAGGGCGAACCUGGUCUGCUCAACCCUAAGGCCUUGCGUGACCACAUUGACUUGCUGAUUAAAAUCCAUCGACUCGAGGUGACUGUCCACAAGUCGAAGUGGAAGUUGGAAGAUCUAUGCCGCCGAGCCGAGCUCCCUGCCUUGAGUGGAAUGAGUCACAUUCAAGACUCAAUUCCACCCACUGUCCUUAUUUUUCUCCCUCAGAGCUACAUGGAAGACAUUAUCCCCUGUCUUGUGGUCACUCCGGCCGACUGCUUCUAUGAGGGCUCCAACGCGCUGGCUCCCGGGAAGGUUAUUCAUGUUCCCUGUCGGCUUGGUCCGAAAGAGUUCGAUCGAGCUCUGAUCCAGCGCGCACAUCUCACGACGCGCCAUAAGUUGAGGAUGAUGAGGAUGACUGUACCCUACUCUGGACUGAAGUUCAGACUGUAA